AUGAGCGCACUUCAUCCAUCUGCGUUCCCUAAAGAUUCUUACCUUUUCGAAACAGAGGAGGAGUUGGAGGAAGAGGUCUACAAGAAGACCGGGAUUUUCAAGCACAUAAGAAUAGCAAGAAAUGAGUGGUCCAGAGUCCUAUACUUGUCACUUCUAUUUGGUGCCAUAACAGUGGUUCACACAACAAUGGGAAAUCUAAGAGAAAUGAUACUUAUGGGGAGGCAGGACCCUAUGUCUAUGUUCUUUAUCAAGUCGAUUUUUCUUCCGCCAUGUUCCUUAUUCUUUGUCUGGACAAUUCAGCUAGGACUAAAUUUCUUCACACCAUCCAAGAUGUUUGAUAUAACCCUGAUACUCUUCUCCGGGUGCUACAUUUUUUUCGGAUUAGUUAUGUGGCCAUUCAAAGCAUAUAUUCAAAAGGACUUUUAUUGGGCAAGAGACAUCUUUGGGGAUGGAAAGAUGGAAUCACUCAGAGUUCAUUUUCUUUAUCCUGUAUUUCUUGUUUUCAAUGAGUGGACGUCUUCGUUUCUUUUUCUAUGCUCAGAAAUGUGGGGCGCGCUGGUGGUAUCCUACUUCUUCAACCUCUUUACUAAUGAGGUAUCGACAAGAAAGCAAUCCCAAAGAUACAUAUCAGUUUAUAAUAUAUCAAACGCCAUAUCGAUUUUCCUCUCUGCCAUUUUUACGCUGAUGUUCAACAAGUGGAGGGAUAGCGUUGUGUUUGAAACGAAGGAAUUGGGGUUCAGAGUACUGAUCUUGGCAUUGGCUUUCAUUGUUCUUGGAGUUCUGGGCUUGAAGAAAUAUAUAGAGAAGAGAAUACUUCCUAUACCUGUGUUUCUUAUCAAAGAAGCAAAAACGCCGAACGUGAAAAAAAAGGAGGUUGAGAUAAAGGAAGUCGGAAAAGCCUUGUCUCGGUCAAAGCUAUUAUUGGCCAUAUCCUUAAAUGUACUUCUUUACGGAGUAUCCUCUACAUUAGUAGAAGCAACGUUUAAAAGUGGGAUAGCUGUAGGUGCUAAAUACACAAAUAACUCAAAGGAGACGUUUUCAAACUUCUAUAACGGGAUGGAGCAGAUAAUAAUUGCUAUGUCUCUACUAGUCGUAGUCAAUACUCCAUAUUCUGCAUUGAUCAAGAAAGGUGGGUGGAAGUAUGUAGCAUCACUUCCCAUAAUGGUGGUUGUGUUUUCAUUUUUUUCUGUGUUCCUGGUUGCUUUUUAUAAUGUAGGAGCAUAUGGCGGGGGAAAUGUGCUCUUUGGAUCUCUCUUCAAGGGCAGAAAGCCGAUGUUCUUUCUUGAAAAUACCCUUGGGCUUGUGACAAAUGCAUCUUUGAAGAUAGGAAAGUAUCUCGGAGCUGAUGCCUCGAAGGAAGCCAUUUCCAUGCAGAUAGAUCCUCUAUACAGAGCAAAGUACAAGGCUGUCUAUGACGGGCUUUGCGGAAAGCUUGGAAAGUCUUUGGGGUCUGUGAUAUGCACAAUCAUGACUGGGAUAUGGGAUAUAACAGACAUUCGUAUGGCCUCGAGUGUGUCUGGAAUUCUUGUUGCGAUUAUAAUUAUGUUAUGGCUUUGUGUCUUGAGAUACCUGAACAAAAAGUUUCAGACGGCUAUGGAAAACAAUACCUACAUUGAGUUAGAAGAGUUUUAA